CUAUCUCGAUAUCAAACCACUUCGAUUCGAGCCAAUCCGAUCCGAACCGCAUUAAUUCGCGUGCGCGAGCUACGAGUUUGUUACAAAUAUUGCAAGUGUUUUAAUUGAGGAGAAUCCCAAGCACUCGAGCCAAGAUGACGGUGGAUCUAUCGCCCGUGCAGGAGUACUACAAGGACAAGACGAUCUUCAUCACUGGAGCGUCCGGGUUCAUGGGCAAGGUGCUGCUGGAGAAGCUGCUCUACUCCUGCCACUCCCUCAAGGAGGUGAUCAUCAUCUGCCGCCCGAAGCGCGGCAAGGCCCCCGAGACGCGUCUGGAGGAGAUGUUCAAGCUGCCCAUCUUCCAGCGCAUCAAGGACGAGCGUCCGGAGAUGCUCAAGAAGGUUACCAUUUACCAGGGCGACGUGACCUUUGACCAGCUCGGUCUGAGUGGGGAGACCCUGAAGCACGUGACCGAGAACACCAACAUCGUGUUCCACAUGGCGGCCACACUCAAGCUAGAGGGCAACCUGCGGGACGCCAUCGACAUGAACUUGCUGGGCACCCGGCGGGCCCUCAACGUGGCCAAGGAGAUGAAGCAGCUGGAGGCCUUCAUCCACCUGUCCACGGCCUUCUGUAACUGCGAUCAGGAGGUGAUGUACGAGAAGGUCUACGAGUUCGCCCACAAGCCCGAGGAUCUGAUGCGCCUGGCCGAGUGGAUGGACGUGAAGACCCUGGACGCCAUCACACCGGACCUGCUGAAGCCGCACCCGAACACCUACACCUACUCGAAGCGCCUGGCGGAGCUGUUGGUGCGGGACCACUACGAGUCCAUGCCCGUCAUCAUCGCCCGUCCCAGCAUCGUUUCUCCCUCGGCCUACGAGCCCGUGCCGGGAUGGGUGGACAACCUGAACGGACCCACUGGCCUCAUGGUCGGAGCCGGCAAGGGCGUCAUUCGCUCCAUGCUGAUCGACACGCGCCACCUGUCCGAGGUGAUCCCGGUGGACUAUGCCAUCAACGGGCUGUGCGUGAUCCCCUACCAGUUCGCCAAGCUGACGGAGAGGCCGGAGGAGGUGCCGGUGUACAACAUCACGUGCGCCGACCACCGCAAGAUGCAGUGGGGCGAGGUGAUCGAGAUGAGCAAGGAGAUCGGCUACCGCUACCCGAUGGAGGCGGGUCUGUGGUACCCAGACGGCUGCAUCACCACCAACAAGCUGCACCACAACAUCAACGUGCUGCUCUUCCACUGGCUGCCCGCCUACUUCAUCGACUUCAUCCUGCUGCUGCUGGGCCAGAAGCGAUUCAUGAUCCGCGUCCAGAACCGCAUCUCGGUGGGCCUCGAGGUGCUGCAGUUCUUCACGAUGCGCGCCUGGUUCUUUAAGUCGGACGCCUACUCCUCGCUGUGGGACAUGCUGAACGAGGCGGAUAGGAAAAACUUCAACAUGGACAUGGACCCCGAGGAGACCGUCCCCAUGUACAUUGAGUCGUGUGUCCAGGGCGGAAGGCAGUACCUGAUGAAGGAGUCGCCCGACAGCCUGCCACGCGCCCGGCUCCAGCUGAAGCUAAUGUACAUCUUGGACCGCGUGUGCAAGACGGUCAUCGUGGGCUCGCUGUGCUACUGGACCUACGGUUUGGUGGCACGUCUCCUGGGCGUCUGAGGUGGUGACCCUGACUGGUGACCCGGACUCGGACUCGGACCCAGUUCCCAAUUCAUUUGCGCGCUCUUCUCAAUCAAUUCCGCUUAGGUUCGCUUUGGGGCACAACUUCGGGGCACUCGACGAGAGGCCUGCGAUCUGGUUUUCAUUUCUACUUUAAGUGAUUAUCUAUGUUUCAUGUGUGAAAAUAAAAAGUCUGUGUACUGAGCUUA